ACCUAUCGUUAUGACGAGACUCCGGUCUAUACGGCCUCCAAUGGCUGUCCGGUCAUGGAUCCCCAGGCUGCUCAGCGCGUGGGCUCCAACGGCCCACUGCUGUUGCAGGAUUUCCACUUGAUCGAUCUGCUAGCUCACUUUGACCGGGAGCGUAUCCCCGAGCGUGUGGUUCACGCCAAGGGUGCCGGUGCCUUUGGAGAGUUCGAAGUCACCGACGACAUCAGCGAUAUCACUACGAUCGACAUGCUGAAGGGAGUGGGCAAGAAGACUAGGUUACUGACCCGUUUCUCGACCGUCGGAGGUGAGAAGGGGUCUGCGGACAGUGCUCGCGAUCCGCGCGGCUUCGCCAUCAAGUUCUAUACCGAGGAAGGCAACUGGGACUGGGUGUUCAACAACACCCCAGUCUUCUUCCUCCGUGACCCAGCCAAGUUUCCCGUCUUCAUCCACACCCAAAAGCGCAACCCUCAAACCAAUCUCAAAGAUGCCACCAUGUUCUGGGACUACCUGUCGACCCACCAGGAGGCCGUUCACCAGGUGAUGCACCUGUUCAGUGACCGGGGCACACCCUACUCUUACCGCCAUAUGAACGCCUACUCAGGCCAUACGUUCAAGUGGAUCAAGCCCGACGGCACCUUCAACUAUGUGCAGAUCCACUGCAAGACCAACCAGGGUAACAAGACCUUCACCAACGAGCAGGCGACCAAGCUUUCGGCUGAAAACCCUGAUUGGCACACUCAAGACCUGUUCGAUGCCAUCGCGCGCGGCGAGUGCCCCUCAUGGACCUGUUACGUCCAGGUACUCUCGCCCGAGCAGGCCGAGAAGUUCCGCUGGAGCGUGUUUGACCUGACCAAGGUGUGGCCACAAAGCGAGGUGCCCUUACGGCGCUUCGGCCGUUUCACGCUGAACCAGAACCCUCAGAACUACUUCGCGGAGAUCGAGCAAGCGGCCUUCUCGCCAUCCCACCUGGUCCCCGGCGUCGAGCCAUCUGCCGACCCGGUCUUGCAAGCUCGUCUCUUUUCCUACCCGGACACCCACCGCCACCGUCUGGGCGGCAACUACGAGCAGAUUCCCGUCAACUGCCCGCUGCGCGCCUUCAGCCCCUGGCACCGCGAUGGCGCCAUGAACGUCAAUGGCAACUACGGCGCAAACCCGAACUACCCCUCCACCUUCCGGCCUCUGGCCUACAAGGCCGUCAAAGCGAGCCAGGAGCACGAGAAAUGGACCGGUGCCGCGGUGGCCGAGCAGAUUCCCGUCACGGAUGAAGACUUCGUGCAGGCGAACGGUCUCUGGCAGGUCCUGGGCCGUACGCCCGGACAGCAGGAGAACUUUGUGAAGAACAUCUCUGGUCAUCUGUGCGGAGCUCAUGAGCGUGUUCGCAAGGCGACCUAUGGGAUGUUCCGCCGUGUGAACAAGGAUCUCGGUGUCCGCAUCGAGGCCGCUACCGAGGCCAACGUGGCUCCGUCCGCUCGGUUGUAG